UUUUUGAUACCUCUAACAAUCCUAUAACUCAAAUUGUUUUGUUUUUGCAUAUGUUUAUUCAGCACGUUCGAAAAUGUUUACUAGGGCUCUUGUCUUCUUGGGUGAGAUCGGAGGCAAUGACAUUAACUAUUCUCUUCAGGAAGGAAAAUCCAUUCAAGAGGUUUACUCUUACUUGCCAUAUAUGACAGAGGUCAUCAGUAAUGCUGUUAGAGAAGUUAUACACCUUGGUGCUGUGAAUAUAGUAGUUCCUGGAAAUUUUCCAAUGGGUUGCUUUCCGAUCUUUCUGACAAAAUUCUCUUGUGGUGAUCCGACAACUUAUGAUGAUAUGGGAUGUUUAAGAGAUUUAAAUGAGUUAGUAUUGGCUCAGAACAACUUUCUUCAGGAGGCUUUGGCCUUGCUUAGGCUUGAAUUUCCUCAUGUUGUCAUAAUUUAUGCCGACUACUAUACAUCUUUCCAAACAAUUCUUCGUCGUGCACCUGAUUUCGGGUUCAACGAACAAUCCCUCUUACAAGCAUGUUGUGGAAUUGGAGGGAUACAUAACUAUGAUGAGGAAAGGGCUUGUGGGCAUCCUGAUGUGCCUGUUUGCCAUAACCCGGUUCAAUACAUAAGUUGGGAUGGAAUCCAUUUGACACAAGAUGCCUACCGUCAUAUCACAGCAAUUCUCAUACACGAUAUCCUUCCCGGAACCAUGGGCAGCCCAAUGACAAUGGAGGCCUAAGGUGACACUUUUAAAUGAGGCCCUAAUGAUAUUUCAUACAAAAUUUAUGAUGUGGUUUUUUUUUUUUUUGGAUUGAGUUAAGUGUUUUAGGUAAAUGUAAUUUCCAUGUAAGAUCCUCUGUUAAAAUUAUUAGAAUGGUUGAUGAAUAAAUAUGAG